AUGACCACAUUAUCGUUGGCAGCUAAAGCUCCACUGAUUGACUAUGCCUCGCUAGUGGCUUCCGCAUUUGUUAACACCGGAACAGAUAACCAAAUCACCUUGGAUUUUCAGGAUGUCAAGGAGUUGGAGAAGGACAUUACUGUUUCUGUCUCCAAAGAUGAGAAAGUAGUUGCCUCCAAUAUUGACAAUGUGUUGAACUUUUUUGCCGAAGAAUACCCUCAAGUCAUUAUUGGUAAGGAGGAGGCACAAGAAUGGAUCAAGUUUGCCAAAGAUGAGCUGACUGUGAAGGAUUUUAAGAAGCUUUCUGUUUCCUUGGAAAAGUUAGAGUCACACCUGAACUUCCGUUCUUUCAUUGUCGGGUUCAAGUUCAGUCUCUCUGAUAUUGCUGUCUGGGGUGUAUUAAGAGCCAAUCCUUUGAUGGGAUCAGUUAUUAAGAACUCCGUUUACAUCAAUGUUACCAGAUGGUACCAAUUCUUAGAGUCAGAUAAGAGAUUUGGCGCUGUCGUGGAAUUGAUGACCAAAUCUAUCGCUGAGAUACGUAAGCUAGCUAAGCAACAAUCUACUGGUGGUAAGAAGGAAGGCCACAAGGCUAACUUUGACAUCGAUUUGCCAGGUGCCAAAAUCGGAGAGGUGGUCACCAGAUUCCCUCCUGAGCCUUCUGGAUAUUUGCACAUUGGACAUGCCAAAGCGGCCGUACUCAACAAAUACUUUGCUGAUAUGUACAAGGGUAAGCUGAUUAUCAGAUUCGAUGAUACCAACCCCUCCAAAGAGAAAGAGGAGUUCCAAGAUUCCAUUUUAGAAGACUUGAAGUUACUUGGAAUAAAAGGUGACAAGAUCACUUACUCUUCGGAUUACUUUCAAAUCAUGUAUGACUACGCUGUUCAGAUGAUCAAGGACGGUAAAGCUUACUGUGAUGACACUCCAAGUGAACAAAUGAGAGCUGAAAGAAUGGACGGUAUCAAAUCCUCCAGAAGAGACAGAACAGUCGAGGAGAACUUGCAGAUUUUCACAGAAGAGAUGAAGAACGGAACAGAAAUUGGUCUUAAGAACUGUUUGAGAGCAAAAAUCGAUUACGAGAACCCUAACAAGGCCCUUCGUGACCCUGCUAUUUACAGAUGUAACUUGACUCCUCACCAUAGGACAGGUACGACUUGGAAGAUGUACCCAUUGUAUGACUUCUGUGUCCCAAUUGUUGACUCUCUUGAGGGCGUUACUCAUGCUUUACGUACCAAUGAGUACCGUGACCGUAAUCCUCAAUAUCAAUGGAUGCUAGAAGCUUUGGGGUUGAGAAAAGUCCACAUUUGGGAUUUUGCUCGUGUCAACUUUAUCAGAACUUUGCUUUCCAAGCGUAAGUUGCAGUGGUUUGUUGAUAAGGGAUAUGUUGGAAAUUGGGAUGAUCCUAGAUUCCCAACCGUAAGAGGUGUUCGCAGAAGAGGUAUGACUGUCGAAGGUUUAACGAACUUCAUUAUCUCUCAAGGUCCUUCCAAGAACAUCAUCAACUUGGACUGGAAUUUAAUCUGGGCUGUCAACAAAAAGAUCAUUGACCCAAUUGCCCCUAGACACACCGCUCUUAACAAGGAGAACAUUGUUCCUGUCAAACUUACUGGUGCUCCAUCCUCUGCUGUCAUUGAAGAUAAACUAAAACACAAGAAGAACCCAGAAGUUGGUUACAAGAAGGUUAUUUUCAUCGACAACGUCUUGGUAGAGCAAGACGAUGCUGCUACUUUUGAAGAGGGUGAAGAAAUCACUUUCAUGGACUGGGGUAAUGUGAUUGUUGAUAAGAUUCAUAAGAAUGAUGCUGGUAUUGUAACCUCCAUUGACGCUACUUUGCACCUGGAGGGUGACUUUAAGAAGACCAAGAAGAAGAUCAAUUGGUUGGCCAACACUGAUGACAAGGUUGAAGUUGAAUUGGUCGAUUUUGACCACCUAAUUACUAAAGAUAAACUGGAAGAAGGUGACAACUUUGAAGACUUCAUUACGCCAACCACUGAGUUUCACUCUAUUGCUGUCGCCGACUUAAAUGUGAAGGAUAUGAAGGUUGGUGACAUUAUCCAGUUCGAGAGAAAAGGUUAUUACAGACUGGACUCUGAUAAAGAUGGUAAAUAUGUUUUCUUCACCAUUCCAGAUGGUAAAUCUGUCAACAGAUAUGGUGCUAAGAAAUAG